GAAUUAAAAAAUGCUUAAAGGUGCAGAUGAGGUUGUUACAGAGCAGGAGGACUCUGCUUCCCGGCAUGGAGAAAUUAUGAGUUGGGAUAUCAAUGACAUCAAGCUUCCCCAGGACAUAAGACAGAUAGACUGGUUUCAAGAAUGGCCAGAUUCUUAUGUAAAACAUAUCUACAGCUCAGAGGAUAAAAAUGCUCAGAGGCACCACAGCAGCUGGGCAAUGAGAAACACCAAUAACCACAACUCUCGCAUCUUAAAAAAGUCCUGCCUUGGGGUGGUGGUCUGUGGCAACAACUGCUCGACCUUGGACGGGAGGAAGAUCUACUUAAGACCAGCCAUAUGCGAUAAAGCUAGGCAAAAACAACAGCGGAAGUGCUGUCCAAACUGCAAUGGACCCCUGCGGCUCCUUUCCUGCCGAGGCCAUGGUGGUUACCCAGUUACCAACUUCUGGAGGCAUGAAGGCCAAUUCAUAUUUUUUCAGUCCAAAGGAGCUCAUGACCAUCCACGUCCAGAAACAAAACUAGAAGCAGAAGCAAGAAGGUCAGUCCAAAAAGCACAGACAGCCUUUUCUCCAUCUUCUCCAAGAUUAAAAAGAAUCCGUGAGAUUGAGUCUCUGACAGGUGCAGUGCCGAGGACGGAAGCUUUGUCUUUGCUUUUUUCCAAGCCGGAUGCUUACAUGCUACCUGCUGAUUUUGGGGGACAUUUAAGCAAAAGUUCCUGGGAACUGAUGCUGGGCAGCUGCUCUGGGCAGCCACCAUACCCAAGGGCAGCUGGAGAGGAUGGGGACUCUGGAGAGGCGCCGACCUGGAGCAGGAGCCCGUCCCUCGGGAGGACGCCCAGCGCCGAGAGGCCUUGCAGUGGCCCUGCCGGCCCUGCGGGUCGUUCCCCCCAGCACUGCGCCCACCCCGGAUCCCAGCACAUCCUGCCCGGGAAAAAGGGCGGCCAUGACACCUUCAGGCCUAAUGCUGGCCCUUUGGGGGAUGAAUCCUGUGAGGAGAAAUCCCCCCUGGCUUACGGCGGCAGCUGCCUCCCUCUGCUGCCGGACCCGGCUCCUCAGGGAGGCCCCUGCCCCACAGCGAGCGGGGCACACCACCACCGCCAGCUCUCGGCCCCUCCGACGGGAUGUGAAGGAGACAUGGGUGAGGGAGGGCACCAUGUGGGUCUCAACUAUUGCAAUGACGACAUGUUUUUUAACCUGUACCCAUUACGGUGACCGGGUUCAAAUGUCCUCUCUCCCCCCUCCUCUGGCAGUGGGCCCAAAUGUUGAAAUGUAGAUCUGAAAAUACUACCACACCAGUUCCCUCUUUAGCUCUUCUUGCAGGCCCCAGGAGGGGCUUUCAUACCUCUUCAGGCACGGUCAAAGACUUGUCUUUGUUCUUUUUAACUGUUAA